GCUCGCGUAACUUAACCGCCACCGUCUCGGUCUUGUCUUGUCCCCGUUUUGUCUCGUCUUGUUCUUCCAGGCCGUCAAACACUCUCUUCCUUUUCACUCUCGCUCCCCCGAGUCCUCGCUGCCUCGUUCCUCAUCUUUGCUCCCUCACGACGUCGACACCCCCAUCUCCAUCCCCUGCAGCGCCCUUCUCAUCUCUUUUCUAGUCGAUUUUCUCCGGCCAAUCCACCCACCAUCGAUUUCUUCAACCCCUUCGUCGUGAACAUGGGUCGGACCGUCGACCAGGAAGUUCACGCGGCGUUCGUCGAGUUCCGCGCCAAGGAAGACGAUAAGUGUCUUUCCGUCCAGUGUAUCUACUGCCAGCAGAUUCGCGCAAAGAACACCUCGCGCCAGAAGCAGCACCUGCUUGAGUGUCCCGGUCUCCGCGGCCACACCAAUCCCCAGGCCCAGUCCCAGUCCGCCCCCUCUGCCCCGAAUGGCAUCGCUGCUGCCAAUGGAUACCCUCCCACCCCGAAUGGUGCUGCGGCCACCGCGCCGGGUGCUGGCCCUGGGCCCGGUGCUCUCGCGACUCCCAACGGUCCCAUGAUGUCGAACGGUGUCAAUACUCAUGCUACUCCGAUGCAGACGCCAUUGCAGAACAUGCAGAGUCGCGCCUCCCUCCCGACAUCAGGCCCAGCCGCAACCGCCUCCACGGUCUCUGCCACCCAGCAGGCAGCUCGUGCCACUCCCAAAGCGAAGCCCAAGAACUCGACCUCGAACCUUCCUGCCCCUCCCCUCGAUGAUGUUCAUGCCGCGUUCGUGGAGUUCCGUGCCAAAGAAGAAGACAAGGUGAGCGAGGAUAUGGCCCACAUGUUGCCUGAUAGAACCCUAUGUCUGACAGGAGACCACCACCAGUGUCUUUCCGUUCAAUGCAUCUAUUGCCAGCAGGUCCGCGCAAAGAACACCAGCCGUCAGCGUCAGCACCUACUGGAAUGCCCCACCUACCUCAGCGUUAUGAAAGACUCGAUCCCCGCAAACAACCUUCUUCAUACUUUCCCCGAAGGCGACGUGGCGCGUUCCCUGCAGAUCCCCGCGCCUACCCUGGAACUGGACUUCCGCAUGAGCAUUAAGAUGAACCCGAAGGUGUCUGUUGGUGAAAGUAUUUGGGGUCAACGUGAUUGGGUAACAUUUGUCGGUGGUCAGUGGGCUGGUCGGUGGGGUAAAGGUGUUGUUCUGCCUGGAGGACAAGACUCGCAAAUCGUGACCAAGGAAUCAUCUACACAUCUCCGAGCGAGCUACAUGCUCCAGACCGCCGACGAUCCCCCCGCAUACAUCGUCGUGAAAACCAACGGCUGGUUGACCGGAGCCAAGGAUAUUCUGGACAAGGUCAAUGACCCCGGUAUGGCGGAUAGCAUCAACCCCAAUACAUACAAAUAUCGCAUCAACUUGAACAUGGAAACUGGAGACGAACGUUACGCGUUUUUGAACACUCUGAUGUGGAUCGGAAGUGGCUGCCGCAGGGGCCACGAAGUCAUCUUUGAUGCAUUCCGCGUCAACUAAUCUGCCACGAUAUUGCAGCUGUUUUGUCCGUUAUUAAGCGAGUAGCAAUUGUUGAUUUCAUGGGGGAAAAUCGUUGUCUUGGUUGUUUUUCUUUCCUUUCCACCUUUUGAUUGAGCUUCAUCCUCUCUUCUGAAAGUGUGGCUUGUGUAUUUAUCUCUUCGGUCCAUCCGCGUGGGUUUACCCUUUCCCUGGGGGAUGCCUACCUACCUGCCAUUACUUCCAUUACCUUCACGGGUCCGCUUGAUGCGUUCAUUCGAGGAGAUUGUCUUCGAAUGUCCUAUUAUGACUUGUCUUUGGGUUUCCUUAUCUUUUCUCUUCUUUUUUUUUUUUUUUU